AUAACUGUACUUUUCACGAGAGUAAAAGCACAGAUAAAAGUUCCAUGGUAAAAGUUUGUGGAGUUUUUACGUUAAUAUUUUAAACUAACUGAACAACGAUUUAUUUAUAUUAAAUAUGGCUAAAAUAGAAAGGCAAAAAGAAAUCAUAUCCAUAACACAUUUCAUCAAUCCUCAUCUAUUUUGGUAUCACAAAAUUGAUGCUUGUAGCGAUGAUUAUCGCACUAUACAUCAAAUUGAAAAGGAGCUUGGCGAAUUCUACAACAACCGCCAAGGUUGUGCACAGGCAAUACGGCGUCCGGAAUUAAAUGCUCUGGUAGCUGUGAAAUUUCUCGCUUGGAAUAAAUUAAUACGUGCUCGCGUAGAUCAUAUAGCUAGUUUUGGAAAAAAUGUAAAAGAAGGUCAAUUCAUAAUGUGGGCUAUAGAUUAUGGGUUUCCUUUUCAAACAAAAGCAGAUCAAAUUUUUCGGUUACCCAAUAAAUUGACUACACCUGUUGAUUACAUUCGUUGCGGUGGUUUGGCAAAUGUCGUCCCAGCUGAAGAGUUUUAUAUGAAGAAUACAAUGAUGAAGAAAAUAUCAAAGAAAUGGCACCAACGUGCGUAUAAUAUCAUUGAAAAAGCUAUAAAUGAUUCAGAAUGUAUUGUAUUUCUUAAAGAAUUUACUUUAGACAGUCAAGAUUGGGGGGAGUUAAUAAUCAGAACUAAUAUGGGCAUUAAAUAUCGUGUAAAGGAUCAUUUGAUAUCCUUACAUUUGGCAACUGAAACUGAAUCGAAUUUCAGAGAUGAAUGUAAAAAGUUAACGACCACCAAAAUUGCGCCAUGGAUGUGCAAUAACGGUAACAGCAAAUUUUAUACAAAUCGAGUUUAUAUAUUCCCCGGUGUUGUUGGCAUAACACAUAAUCCAAGUAAAUGUCUAGAAAUGACAUGUGACAUUAAAGCAAAGAAAAAAGUAGACGAUUGGUAUGAGCGGAAUCGAUUUAAAUCUGAACAGGAGACUGAAUUCCUUGAUACAACUAAUGAGUUUCUGCCAGCAGAAGAUGAUAUGAUUGAUUAUGUUUCAAUUGAAAAAUACGAUCAGCAUGAACAAGAUUUAGAGAAAAUGGACAACGGUGAGGCAACACAGCAAAUCCAACUUGCUGGUAUACUUUCAAAAUCUAGAGUAGAAAAAUAUGGUAAUGGUCAAAUAUCAGCGCCGCCUCUGCCCGAUGGCGUAGACUUUGAAAUGACCGCUGAAAAUAUAAAAUCUAAUAGAAACAUGGACACUAUCGAAAGUGAAGUUAGCUCAAUUAGGUAUUUGCAAUUAGAAAAUUCUACAGCGAAUACUCCUAAUUUGUCAAAUAUUAAAUAUCACAAUAUUACGCAGAAAACAGAAUUGAGUAAAUGUGAAAUGCAAGUUAAUGAGAAGUUUACCAACCAGAGUGAAGUAGAAGAUCACAACCAAUCGGAUCCCAUAUCAGAUGAUGUUAGUUCAUAUGCUAGAUAUUUGAUCACCUUUCGAAAACAGUAUAUUGCCAGAAAAAUGGAAGAAAAGACAUUAAAAGGUGCUGAUUCAUACAAUAUUGCUAACAAGGAUAUUAUCCUAAAUCAGGAUGAUAAUUUAAAAAUCGCUUCCUCAACUAAGUCGAAACAACGAUCUCAUCGAGAGGUUACAAGUGUGAACUCAACUUUCCAUGGGCUACGAAUGAUACCAGCCGGAUAUGACUUAAUGAAUUUGUGUGAAUAUAAGGACGAAGGGCAUUGGCAUUGUAAGAAGAGUACCCUCAAUGAUCACAUCGCACAUUGAUUUAUUUGAUUGUAAUAAUUACUUACCUGUAGCUAUAAAAGUACCACUACGCAGAUCUCUUUGAAUGAGAUAAAAUCGAAGCUCCAAUGAAUUAUUAUUUUCA